CAUGAACAUCUAUUGAGAAAAACCACAAAAAAGCUUCAAAACAGUGACUACGGGAAAAGGAGACUAGUGUUCCAUUGUGCAAGUCAUUAGUUAUUAACUUCCAGUCACCUCGAUUCUUGCUAAAAUGAAGAUUCUGCAGUCUAUACUUCUUUUGUUGCUGUCUGCGCCACAGAUAAUGCCAGCACCACCAAUUCGGCAGGACUUGCAAAUGACCUAUGAUUACGGAACAGAUAAUUUUGAAGAAACCAUAUUUGGUCAAGAUUUGGAUAAAUACAUGGAUGGCAAAAAUACUAAGGGAAAUGAGUCUACAACAAUACCUUAUGAGAAAAGUCUUCAGUUACAAAGAGAUGAGAGUAUAACAACUUCACCCAGCAAAAAAGAAAAUGAAGAAAUGCCGACUUGCCUGUUGUGUGUUUGUCUACUUGGCUCUGUAUACUGUGAAGAAGUCGACAUUGAUGCUGUACCACCCUUGCCAAAGGAAUCAGCCUACCUUUAUGCACGAUUCAACAAAAUUAAAAAGUUGACUGCCAAAGAUUUUUCUGACAUACCUAACUUAAGAAGACUUGAUUUUACGGGAAAUAUGAUCAAAGACAUAGAAGAUAAUACCUUUUCAAAACUUACUCUCUUAGAAGAACUUUCAUUGGCUGAAAAUCAACUAUUGAAACUUCCUGUUCUUCCUCCCAAGCUUACUUUAUUUAAUGCAAAAUUCAACAAAAUCAAAAGUAGAGGAAUCAAAGCAAACACAUUCAAAAAACUGAGUAAUCUCACUUUCCUCUACCUGGACCACAAUGCCCUGGAAUCCGUACCUCUUAAUUUACCAGAAAGUCUACGUGUAAUUCAUCUUCAGUUUAACAACAUAACUUCAGUUACAGAUGAUACAUUCUGCAAGGCUAAUGACACUCGGUACAUUCGGGAUCAUAUUGAGGAGAUUCGCCUAGAGGGCAAUCCAAUCAUCCUGGGAAAGUAUCCAAACAGCUUUAUCUGUUUAAAGAGAUUGCCUAUAGGAUCAUACUUUUAACC